UGAGAAAUGAACAAAAUAGUAGCCAGCGAGAGAACCUAAAAACACAGCUAAAACAUUUGUGUAACUCUCAGGUGUCAUCACCACAUCAAAUUUCAUUGGUUCCUCUAUACAUUAAAAGCAAGUCAAUCCACCAAGAAAUUAACCCUUACAACCUCUCACCCUCUUUCCCUCAUUGUGAUUUGUGAGUAAUUAAGAUAUGUAUAUGUCUCCAGGCCAAGACAUGUCAUCCAUGUCUAAUGACAGAAACAACAUGUCUAUGAUGAUGCACAACAGUUUCUACUGGGGCAAAGAUGCCAUAGUGCUUUUCCCUAGGUGGCCUGAGAACAAUGUUGGCAUGUACAUCUUAGCCCUAAUUUUUGUGUUCUUCCUUGCCAUGGCUGUUGAAGUGUUAUCUAACCAACCACUCCUCAAGCCAGGGACUAGUCCCCUUGUGGGAGGACUUAUUCAAGCUGGUGUCCACUUAUUUCGUAUCAGCUUCGUUUACAUGGUUAUGCUUGCCGUCAUGUCCUUUAACGCCGGAAUCUUCAUUGCUGCUGUGGUUGGUCACACCUUGGGAUUCUUCGUCGCCAAGUUUCGUGCACUUUCCAUCGCCAAUAGGAAAGACAAAGGGUCUUCCUCAAUCUUAAACAAUGUUUGAUGUAUUUGAUUUGUAAUAUUUCCUCCUAUCCAUUCUAUAAGAAAUAAAUGACAGUCUAUUUUAUACUGUCAUUUGUUUCUUAUAAAGAAGAUCGGAGGAAAGUAUAUGCUUAUCAAGUGGCAUGGUUUUUGUUCAAGUUUCUUUUGUCUAUUAUAGAUUAUUUAUCAGUGGAUUGGUGCUGAUUGUGUUUGUUCAGCUUCUUCUUCGAUAUGUAUGUAGUCUAUACUGCAGUGUGUUAAGAUACUUUUCUAGAUUGUGUAUAUUGGUAUAUGUAAUUCUCUCAAUUAAGUCACUUUUGAGUUUUUGUGGUAUUCCACUGUUAUGGUUUGAAAGUCUUGUGAAACUUUGGUCAUGCGUGGGACGGUUAAGCUAAACUAGCUGAAGCCAAUUGUUUGGGCACGUACAGGCUCAAGCUCUGUAGGUCUUAUCUAUCCCAACAACUUCCUUGCCAUUUAAUAAUUAGGCUCGUAGGCCAAUUUACUCCUA